CGCUGCCAGGGGGCGGGCUGAAGGGCCGUGGCGCUGGCCCGCUGGUAGUUCCUGCUGGACCUGGGUGGUGGUGACCGCCCGGGCUUCUGUCGCUCCAUGGUACGCCUGUGAAGCAGGCUGCCGGCGGGCGUCGCCUCGAAAUGGAGCACAUUCGUACGACCAAGGUUGAGCAAGUGAAAUUACUUGACCGAUUCAGUACCAGCAACAAGUCACUAACAGGAACACUCUAUCUCACAGCCACACAUCUAUUAUUUAUAGACUCUCAUCAGAAAGAAACCUGGAUAUUGCAUCACCAUAUUGCCUUAGUAGAGAAACUAGCUUUGACUACUUCUGGAUGCCCACUUGUGAUUCAGUGCAAGAACUUCAGGAUUGUGCAUUUUAUUGUUCCCAGAGAAAGAGAUUGCCAUGAUAUUUACAAUUCUUUGCUACAACUGUCAAAACAAGCCAAAUACGAAGAUCUCUACGCGUUCUCCUACAAUCCCAAACAAAACGAUGCAGAACGGCUGCAGGGCUGGCAGCGCAUUGACCUUGCCCAGGAGUAUGCGAGGAUGGGAGUGCCAAAUUCAAACUGGCAGCUGUCUGAUGCCAACCGAGAAUAUAAGAUUUGUGAAACUUACCCCAGAGAACUUUAUGUUCCCCGCAUAGCGAGUAAGCCAAUAAUCGUGGGUAGUUCCAAGUUCCGGAGCAAGGGAAGGUUCCCGGUGCUUUCCUACUACCAUGGACAUAAAGAGGCUGCCAUUUGUCGAUGCAGUCAGCCACUGUCCGGGUUCAGUGCCAGGUGCCUGGAGGAUGAGCACCUGCUGCAGGCCAUCAGCAAAGCCAACCCAGUCAACCACUGCAUGUAUGUCAUGGACACCAGGCCCAAACUGAAUGCAAUGGCCAACAGAGCAGCUGGAAAAGGUUAUGAAAAUGAAGACAACUAUUCUAAUAUUAGAUUUCAAUUUGUUGGAAUUGAAAAUAUUCAUGUCAUGCGGUCCAGCCUUCAGAAGUUAUUGGAAGUCAAUGGUACCAAAGGGCUUUCUGUCAGUGAUUUCUACUCUGGUUUGGAGAGCUCAGGAUGGCUUCGCCACAUCAAAGCUGUUCUGGACGCAGCCAUCUUCUUAGCCAAAGCAGUAAUGGUUGAAAGUGCCAGUGUGCUGGUGCAUUGUUCUGAUGGCUGGGACAGGACGUCUCAGGUCUGUGCCCUUGGCUCUCUCCUGCUGGACCCCUACUACAGGACAAUCAAAGGAUUUGUGGUUUUAAUAGAAAAGGAUUGGAUCUCUUUUGGACAUAAGUUUUCAGAGAGGUGUGGCCAUUUGGACGGUGACCCAAAGGAAGUCUCACCAGUGUUCACUCAGUUCUUGGAAUGUGUGUGGCAUCUGACCGAACAGUUUCCACAAGCCUUUGAGUUCAAUGAAGCGUUUCUUCUUCAGAUCCAUGAGCAUAUUCAUUCAUGCCAAUUUGGAAACUUCCUUGGAAAUUGUCAGAAGGAAAGAGAAGAACUCAAGUUGAAAGAGAAGACUUACUCCCUGUGGCCAUUUCUCCUGGACGACCAGAAGAAGUACCUAAAUCCACUCUACAUUUCCACAUCUCCGAAAUUUACAGUUUUGGAGCCGAAUACAGUGUCUUUCAACUUUAAGUUUUGGAGAAACAUGUACCACCAAUUUGACCGAACAUUGCAUCCUAGACAGUCUGUGUUUAAUAUAAUUAUGAAUAUGAAUGAGCAAAAUAAGCAGUUAGAAAAAGAUAUUGAAGACUUAGAAUCGAAAAUUAAGCAAUGUAAAAAUAAGCCAACAGAUGGAAUUCUCACCAAGGAAUUAAUAAAUUCAAUUCAUCCUGAAUCUCCUACCCUCAAAACUUCCUUGUGUUUUAAGGAGCAAACUCUGUUACCUGUGAAUCAUGCUCUUCGAACUAUAGAGGGCAGCAACCCAGCAGAUAACCGUUACAGGGAAUACGCUGAAGAGUUUUCCAAAGCGGAACCCGGCGUGGUCAGCUUGGAGUAUGGUGUGGCCAGAAUGACCUGUUAGAUUCGUAGAGUGUUUUCUGGACUUACUGCAGUGCAAGAAACGGAUUGUGAGAAUGACCUGUGCACGUGACGAAGAGGAAUUUGUCUGGCAAUGGUCUUGGAGUCGAAUAGUUGAAGGAAGGAUAAUAACUGCUCUUGUGAGAGAAAUAAGGCUGUUUAAUUACGUUUCCAGCAAGGAAUGACUUUUCAGUUAAGAAAUGAGUGGUAUCGGCAGAGUUAGUCAAAAUACAAUUUGUACUCUCUACUAGUGAAUUGACACCUCUGUAUGAUUUUAUGUUAAUUACAGCCAAACAUAAAUCACCUUCUCUAACUCUAAUUUAAUUGCCAGAAAACAAAAUGUGACCAAACUCUCCCUUAACUUAAUAGUUAACAUGGCAUGGGCUUCUGAUUAUCUAACCUACAAGUAUUUACAUAUUCUUCCUAUUAGUGAUGUUUAAUGUUGAAGUGCCAUGAAAAAUAUUUCUAAGAAAGCCUUAAAAUCUCAAUGUAUUCUUUACUCUUAAGUUUUAAAGUCGAGAGCAGGGUUUUUUGUUUUUUCCUUUUAGUCAGCCUUGUUUUGUCUAUAAAGAAUUGCACUCUUCAUUACCGUUGCAUGCUGUGGUACUCCUGUAUAAACAGAUGUGCAAGCACACUGUUAGGUUCCUGGUUAGCUGGUCCCACUUUCACAUUCAAAAUUAAUAAAACCGAAGGUUUAAUUCUAAUGACAGUUUGUGCAAUGCUACACUUGAUGGCAUUAUUUACAACUUAGAUUACCGAGUUCUUGAAUCUGUGUAAACAUAUUUGACUGUCUUUUAUGUAUGGAUAAGUGCAUUCUUUUGAUAUUUUGCGGUUGGCUUUAUUUCUUCUUUAACUGUAUAACUUUAAAAAACUAAGGCUCUCAAACUGUUUUAGAGACAGUGAAGAGUAUAUAGGUAAAUACUGUUUUAUCUUUCAAUGAGCUGCUCUUCCUAAAACAAACUUUUAGUUUCCCCCAAAUUUGGGGGUUAAAAAAGGGAAGUACAGAUAGUUUAGAUUUUGCUUGGUUGCAUGAAUUUUAAAGCAGCCAUUUCUAUGUGGAACAUUUUUUUAUUAUCCGUUAACAUAGGGAAAAAAAGGAAAAUUAAGGAUAGCCUAGUACAAAGUUAAUGUUUAGCAAAAUAACUUACAUGCUAGGAAAAGUUUCAUCUUGCCAUGUUAUGUUACCUGUUCUGUGUGCUAGUAACAUAUCUUAAAAUGACAAAAAAAAAAUCACAUGCAAUUGACAGUCUCACUCAGCUGGCUUUCAAAUUGAAGGUUCAAGUAACACGGCUGGUCAGAGAUGAUUCAGGGGUAGUAAGAAACCUGCAUAAAAUCCCUAAUGCUUCUCGUUACUGUUCUUAUACCUAUUGUAUUAGUUUUGAGCAUAAACAAGUAUCUUUUUCACAUGGGAAAAAAGCUUUAUUGUAUGAGAAUUUACCUAAUCCCAUUUAUUUUUUCAGUGCUUUUGUGUAACGCGUUAUGUGAAAAGAAAAAUGCUCCUUUUUAAACAGUGACAGAAAUGCACUAUAAAAUGUAGUUUGUGAUUUAGCCAAGCCUAUUCCACCGUAAGCACUGGGACAGGAAACAAUCUUUGUGACUACAAAGGGAAGCUUUUGUGCCUUGUUACUUGGUUCCGGUUACUGAUUGUGGUUUGAGAAUCUUCUGUGACACACUUCUCAUAUUCAGGUGUUCCUGGUUUAUCUUCAACUUCAGGCAUAUGUUUGUGUAUUUAUGUGCUCACACACAGACUGAGACAUCAGUUAGAUCUGAAGUGACCUGCAGGGUAUGUGUUGGCAAAAAGCAGAUUGUGUAUGUGUCUUCUAAAAUUGAAUUUAUGUUCAGUGUGUUUGCAAAUGUAUAGCAUGUAAAUUAUUACAUACAUUAUUUAAAGGUAAUUAAAUGUUCAUAUUUUACUUUGAA